AUGGGGCGAGUCUGUCAUGAGCUGGGUUCUCUUGAGGUGUGCUUUCAUGAGGUAGCGUGUCAUGACUUCGACAGUGAUGAGUUGGUGUGCUUUAAUAAGCUAGCCUGUCAUGAACUGGCCUAUCGUGCAGCGGCUGAUCUACUGAGAGGAGUGGACGUGCCGCUGUACGCCUUCGCUGGGGGACAAGCCACACUCAGCUGUUCCUAUGACCUGAGCUCCACCCGCCUCUACUCCCUCAAAUGGUAUCACAACGGCACUGAGUUUUACCGCUAUGUCCCUACUGAGAGAGACCAGGCCAUUAACAUUAAACCCAGCCACAAGUUCUUCGUCACCGAACUGUUUCGGAACGAUCAGCGGGUGUCGCUCUCUCUGACGCGGCUGGCUGUCGCGGCCUCAGGUCAGUACCGCUGUGAGGUCAUCGCUGAGCAUCCCAGCUUCCGUACUGAGGUCUCCGCCGCCAUUAUGACCGUCCUAAAAGAACCACUGUUGGCGCCCACGCUGGUAGGGGCGCGGGAGAUCUACGAGCCCACAGAAGUCAUCAAGAUCGGCUGCCAACCUGGACAGGCUUUCAGCCGGGACCACAAACCCACCUUACAGUGGUUCUUGGAGGGGACACAGGUUGGAGUGGACUGGUCGCCGUUUGGAGCAGCUCUACACCCUGGCUCCCGCGGCCUCUCUCUACACGUGCCGGGCGAACAGAUCGCCUUGGCGGGAGGUAGUCUACGAGCAGAGUGCCGUCUAACGCUUGGGCCACAUACGCUCAGCGCCUACCAGACACUACGCAUCAGAGUACGCAAGAUAUCCUACGUCGACAACUACCACUCCUCAGGCUCUGAGAAAGUGACCGCCCUGCUGGCUCUUACUGCUCUACAGGCUGUGGCUGUCCUACUGUCGCUGGUGUAGUGCGAGCAGUGACUGGCAGUGUUGGUGACUGUCACUGGUGUGUUGCGAGCAGUGACUGGCAGUGUUGGUGACUGUCACUACCCCCCUACUGUUGCUGGUGAAGCGCGGGCAAUGAUUGGCAGUGCCCAGUAACUGUCAUUGCCCUCUACUGCCUCUGGUGUAGUGCAAGCAGGACCCCGAGCAGUGACUGGCAGUGCUUCGUGACUGUCUCUGCAUUGUCGUCGCUGGUGGAGCGUGUACAAGACCCCGGACAGUGACUGGCAGUAUCUGGUGACGUCACUACUUGACUUGUGUAGUGAGAGCAGUGACAGAUAGUAACUAGUGACUGCCACUGUCGCUGAUGUGUAGUGUGGGCAAGAACCAGAGAAGAACUGGCAGUGUCACUACCCUACUGUCGCAGCAACAGUCCGAGCAGAGAACCCCAAGCAGUGACUGGCGAGUGCCUGUGAUUGGCGUACAGUCGGACAGAAUCUACUGACUGGUGUGGAGUGUGACAGUUCUUCAUCCUGUUAGUGUGUGUCCGUGUGUAGAGGUUGGGUCCAAAUAUAGUAAUCACACUUAACACUUUACACUUUACACUAAACACUUAACACUAAACACAUAUCUACAGUAGAUGUGUGUUUAAGUAAUUGGACUUAACACAUGUACAUUACUACAGUUUGAAAAAAAAUACACUUAAACAAACUUAUGUAAAUAUAUAUAAGUAAAUGGACGUGACACUUACAAUGUACUACAGUUUAUAUAAAAAACACUUAACAGAGUUGUCUAGAUAUAUUUAAGUAAUUGGAUUUUUACACUGAUACUUAUAAUGUUCUACAGUUAAUUCAACACUUAUAAAUGUAUUAAUAAGUAAUCAGAUUUAACAUUUGAUUAAUGGACCACUUUAAAACUUGAGCUGUUAUAAAUACAGUUGUCUAGAUGUAUUUAAGUAAGCAGACUUUACACUUAUUAACUUACAAUCAUCCACAGUCAAAAACGUAAAGUUGUCUACAUAUAUUUAAGUAACUGAGUUGUACAUGUACAGUACUUUCUUAAGGGGUUAAUGUCUGUGGUCUAGCCGUGGGAUGGCUCUGUGUGUGUGUGUGUGCGUGCGUGCGUGCGUGCGUGCGUGCGUGCGUUUUAUCACAGAAGACUUUUACAGUGUGUCUGUGGGUCUAAAAACACACACACACACACACACACACAGGGCCAUUCUAUACUCUGUCACCCCAGGCAUAAACCAAUUAAAAUCCUCCACAGUAAAAAAAAAAGAAACUUACUAGACACAAUUAUCAUCAGACUUUACAUUUACUACAGUAUUAUAAAGGACAAACCACUGGAUAUAAGAUAAUUAAACUCAACAUUAUCUUAGGUCUAUUUAGGUGAUAGCCAUGAACCUGUAAACUCUAAUGCUAUAUGCCUUACCAUUUACCAUAAGCCUUUGAGAGAGAGAUGAAAACCAUAGAUAUGUCACCUACCUUAUUAUUUUCUUAUUUCUCUUUUAAUAUACUUACUAACGACGCGUACAAAUAUUUAAAUGUGUGUCGAUGAUGUUGAGGAUAAGUUUAUUUACCUGAGAAACAUAUACGGACACCUUGUCAUGCUCUUAGGUUUGUGGUGUGACCUGGCGACACGACAUGCGGCGACCUCCAGGCUUUUUGUUUUAUGAUAGCUGCAGAUGUCUCCUCGUCCUUGACCCUCCCCUCCCCUGCCGACCCUUGAACCCCUCCCCUGCCGACCCUUGAACCCCUCCCCAGCCGACCCUUGAACCUCUCCCCUGCCGACCCUUGAACCCCUCUCCCCUGGCUCACCCUGAUUCCAUCCCUGACCCCCCCCUUGACCCCUACCCUGACCCGCCCUUGACCCCUACUCUGACCCUAUUUCUGACCUUCCCUGACCCCUACCCUAAAAUUUAUGAACAGUAUUUAUAAAGUAACUUGACACAUCCGUAAGGCGCCGUACUGUAGUGAAACAUAAACAAACAUUUAUAAUAACUCUACCAAUCCGUGUUGUGUCGUGAGCUCACAACACUUACAAAAGAGUUUCAAUAACAUAGUAUAACUACAUUUCCAGUGGGACAAAGCAGGUGUCUGGUGUCGGUGGUGGCGGACGUACGAGUAGAGAUAAACAUGGUACGAUAACUUGCCCCACCGACCAAGGCACAACGCUAAAUGAUGCUUCUUGCCUUUCUCUAUAAUUAGGAUGAAUGGAUAAUGACCCUUUGUACCCUUGUAUAUUAUUACACACUAACACACUUUUAUCUGAAGACGUGUGAGGCAGUUUACUGUGUGUGUGUGAGAUCAUCAUGACCUCACCUACUGACUCGAGUGUUGUAAAUGUGAAUAUAAAAUGGGGUCACCUGAAAAUUAGACAACCCAGUUUAAAUCACCUUAAGAUUAACCUAACCUAACUCGACCAAACCGAAUCUAACCCAACCCCCAAAACGUAAGCUAACCUCUCUAAAUCUAACUCAAACCUAAGAAAAACAAACAUAACCUAACCCAACCAGGUCGCAUUACAGAAUUUAAAUAAUCAGGCAAAAUAAUCUAAAUGGUGGUGCUAAUUUUCAGGUGAUCCAAACAGUCGUCUUUACUCUGAAGAAAGAAAAGUGAACAUUAGUCAUAACUUAAGGUAUUAUAGUAUCAAGUGACAUAUUUUUAGUUCAUGUUAUCAUAGUGUGUAGAAGAGGAGCCGAUUAAGACGGUUCACUUAACUAUUUUUAUUACCCUGCCAGUCUGUUGAGCUAUAAGGCUGAUGGUGUUAUUAGUUGGUGUGUGUAUAGAGCAGUGUUGGGAGAGGCGUAUUUUAAGAGAGUAUCCUUCUCCCUUUGUUUUGUAAUGUAUCGUGAAUUUUAUUUUUCUUGAUUUACUCUAUUUACUCACUUCAGAUAUGGUGGAUCGACGUUUUGUUUUGGCUCGUAGAGAAAGAAAGAAAGAGAGAGAGAGAGAGAGAGAGAGAGAGAUAAAGACAGAGAGCUGCUUCGGUGUUCUUUGACGUCUGCCGAUUCACUGUUCAAUACUUAGGAGACGAGAGGAUGUCCUGCUUAAUAUACAAUCAAUUAUACAAUCCAUCAAUCGUCAGAAUCCAUCCGUCCUCUCAUCCUUGGCUCAGAGCUGCCCCACAUUCAGAGCAAGUGUGUCUGUGUGUUGUGAUGACCUUGGAUGUACCAGCAGGGAGGGAGAUGCAUUACCAGUCAUUACUUCAGGUAUGGUUAGCAGCUGUUUUGUGUAGCUGAGAUGACAAGCUAGGAUAGUGUGGCUGGCUGAGGUGACAAACUAGGAUAGUGUAGCUAGCUCAGGUGACAAGGCAGGACAGUGUGGCUGGCUGAGAUGUGGUGGACAAGCCAGGAUAGUGCAGGAAGACUCGGGCCCUUGGGAUGGCUUAGUGUGUGACCCUCGCCCCUGCAGUGUUACCAGCUGAGGCGUGUGAGGGGGUGACAAGAGACACACCACAGCACACCACCUGGUAAGCUGACAGAUGGUUCAGUAGUUUGUGGAGUGGUACAGUAAGUUGACAGAUAUGGUACAGUUGGUCACCUACAGUAAAGGGUUAGUAGACAGUAGUUUGUGGAGUGGUACAGUAAGUUGACAGAUAUGGUACAGUUGGUCACCUACAGUAAGGGGUUAGUAGACAGUAGUUUGUGGAGUGGUACAGUAAGUUGACAGAUAUGGUACAGUUGGUCACCUACAGUAAGGGGUUAGUAGACAGUAGUUUGUGGAGUGGUACAGUAAGUUGACAGAUAUGGUACAGUUGGUCACCUACAGUAAGGGGUUAGUAGACAGUAGUUUGUGGAGUGGUACAGUAAGUUGACAGAUAUGGUACAGAUUGGUCAAGCUUAAUAAGGGUUGAAACAGAUGAGGGCAGUUGUGAUGAAGUGGACGGAUGGUAGUUAGCUGGAAUGAGAAGCAGAAAGCAGAGAUUGGACAGGCGCAGUGACAUUAAUUAGACAGAUGGUUUUUUAGCGUGAUGGGGUAUGACGUCACUAGAUGCUGGCGUGACGGGGGAAUGACGUCACAAGAUGCAGGCGUGACGGGGGAAUGACGUCACAAGAUACUCCUGUUUAAGUGGAGUAAGAGUAGUCUUAUUUUACUGCCAUCCUUCAUCCCUUCAUUCUUUCCAUUUUAUCAUCCUCAAUGACUUCAAUCUCUAUUCUAUCAUCCUAUCAUCAAUUCUUCAACCUCCACACCUCUCCUAAUACAACAUACUGUCUUAGGCUUCCAUAAUACAAUCCUACAUACAUUUAUGCUCUAUACUACAUUGUAUUUUAAGCCUCCAUACAAUAACCACAUCACUUAUCCAUCGUCUCUUAUAAAUCAUAGUCUUCAUACAUUUUUCAUUCAUUUUUUUUUCAUUCAUUUUUUUUUCAUUCAUUUUUUUUUCAUUCAUUUUUUUCAUUCAUACUCCAUUGGAUUUCUUAAGUUCAUAUUCGAGUAAGGAUUUAAUUCAACACCUGUCGUCGUUAAGGGUAGGAUAAGGUUAGGUAAGGAUAGGUAAGGUGAGGUAAGGUGUGGAUAGGUAAGGCAAGGUAAAAUGUUGGUAAAUUAGGAUGUCAUGUGUUUUAACGUUUUGUGAAGGUUCUUAAGUGAGGAUGAAUGAUCAGCUGACGACGUGUAAACAAAGGUUAUCAUGGGUAGGGGAGGAAUGAUCAGCUGACGACGUGUAAACAAAGAUUAUCAUGGGUAGGGAAGGAAUGAUCAGCUGACGACGUGUAAACAAAGAUUAUCAUGGGUAGGGAAGGAAUGAUCAGCUGACGACGUGUAAACAAAGGUUGACCAGAUGUUAACAGAAAUAGCCCUGGGAACACAUGAAUUUUUAAGCUUGUCAUGUCACAUUAAAUAUUCAUCAACCUCGUCAUCGUGGCUAGAGUUUGACGUCCUCCGCGACCAGAUCGACAAGACUAAAUUAACCUAACAAGAAGAUUGAAAGGGAAACUAUUUUUACACAAGGGAGGAAAAACUGUGGAGAACAACAUACAUACAGAGGUUUGACAUUCUUGCUUGAGAGGGGAAACGCAGAUUGCCUUCUCUAUCAACACCUUGUUCUUGUCGAUUCUCUUAACUUUUUUUUUUUAGUUUUUUUUUACUUUGUCCUGAAAAAAAAAUAUAUUCGUGGUUUGUUAUUAGUUGUUCAUUUGUAAUAGAGGAAUAUUUUAGCUACAGUCUACAGGGAGAAGUAGGGAACAAUGUCAAGAAGGUUUACUGUUUCUGUCUUUUUCUGGUAUUUUCCUUCUGUCUUUGUUAUGCUUCUGUCUAUCCACUAGUCUAAUCUCACUGAUCAUUAGACAGAUAAUUUUUUUUUU